AUGAACAAUCUACAGACCAACCCGUUUGCCAACAUAGGCACCCCCAGUUUUAGCCUCUCUCAGGUUCCCCAACACAUUUUGGAGAACCUGACGCCUGUGCAAUUGCGUAUGAUUCAACAGAAACAUCAGCAAUUGUUGGUGGAACGUCAGACGCUGAUGCGGCAGCAGCAGCAGCAGCAACAACAAGAACAACAGGAACGUGAGAAUCAAAAGAAUCAGGAAACUCUGCGAAGGCAGCAGCAACUGCAAAAACUGCGACAACAACAACAACAACAACAACAGCAGCAGCAGCAACAACAACAACAACAACAACAACAACAACAACAACAACAACAACAACAACAACAACAACAGCAGCGGCAGCGGCAGCGGCAGCAACAACAACAACAACAACAACAACACAUUCAGCAACAGCAAAUGCAGCAGCAGCAAUUGCAACGGCGCCAACUGCAGCAGCAACAGCAGCAACAGCAACAACAGCAACAACAGCAACAUCAUAUUCAGCCUCAGCAGCAGCAGGACCAAAAACCACAAGGCUCACCACAGUAUGCAUCGACACUUUCCAUGGGUACUGCACCGGGUCAACAGCUGAACCUUGCACAGAGAGCUCAGUUGCUGAAGGCAAAACAGCAGCAACUGAAUGCUCCCCUAGCAUCCCGACAGGCGCCAGCUUCAACUCCGCAGCAGCUCAAUCUGCCCCCUCAGAUUGCACAACUUCCCCCACAGGUACAGCAACGUGUACUUGCGAACCUCAAACAGCAAGCGUUAGCUAAGAAUAACCCAGCAGCUGUGGCGGCCAUAACAGCAGCUCAGCAACAGCUCGCUUCUCAAGUUCCUAACCAGCAGGCAGCCGCCUCUCCCGUUAUGCAAAACUCACCCGCCGUAUCAUCCAAUUCACCUAUAGCCGCACCUUUACCUGCACAAACCCCACAGCUUCCACCACUGCCUGAAUUUCAAACGAUUUAUCAGGACCCUCCAGAAGAGCCUCUUAAGUCGUUGACACAUUGGUCAGACCUAGUAAAGGCAGGGAAAACUGAUAUGCAAGAACCAGAUUCUAACCUCCUUUUAUAUGAACAAGUUCUGCGAAGGGAUCGCGAAAAUUCGGAACAACUCAUAAAAGAACGAAAUGGAUACGAGCCUUUCAGCAAAUAUGGAUUUAGCCACAAAGAAUACUUGAUGAGACUUCUGCAAGAUCUUAAUUACAUUAAAGAACUCAAGGCGGCAAGGAUGAAGUCUAUCACGAACACCACACAAGGUAUCGUUUCCAAAAGCAUAUGGGGAGAUGGAUACUCCGGAUAUGGAAACGGGUUCAGCAACACGGUAACAAACGUCUCGACUGGGGUGAAUUGGUCCGAUAAACGAAGACAAGCAAUUUUCGACAUGAAGGAUAUAUAUCAGCAGGCCAUGACGGAAACCCAGGAAAAAUUGGUACCGAUACGACUGGAAUUCGAUGCAGAGCGCGACAAUUUCUCGCUAAGAGAUGUCUUUAUCUGGAAUAGAAAUGAUAAUGUGGUUAAGGUAGAGGAUUUAGUGACGGAAAUGCUACAGGAUUACAAGUUUAUUCACAAUGACCAGUUUUUUGAGACCCUUGUCCAGAAUAUUAAAGAGCAAAUUAAUGAUUUCCAGGCUGAUCCCUUUAUAGAUAACGACCGCGACUUGCUUGGAGGUGACGAUCUUCGGAUUCGGAUACAGCUAGACAUCGUGGUAGGUCAAAAUCAGUUGAUAGAUGGGUUUGAGUGGGAUAUAUCUAAUCCCGACAAUAGUCCAGAGGAGUUUGCCGAAGCCCUUAGUCAGGACCUCGAGUUGCCAGGUGAGUUUACCACUGCAAUUGCCCAUUCUAUUCGAGAACAGGUCCAUGCAUACCACAAGUCACUGGCGGUGACGGGAUAUCAGUUUGAUGGCUCAGUGGUGGAAGACGAAGAUAUUCGUAGCCGACUUUUACCACUUAUUACGCUCGAUGAUGUUUUCAGGAACUCCAUUGACUCGAAAGUUUACACACCUAGUCUUCUCAAAGUGUCUCUUGCAGAGCUGGAGCGAUUGGACCGUGACAAAGACAGGGACACUCGUCGCAAACGCAGACAAGGCCGAUUCAGCAGACGCGGAGCAGGACCUGGUUCUGCCGUCACUCAAAAUGAAAAUGCUCCGCCCGAUCUCUCGGAUAUUCCAAAGACUUUUCGUAUUCCGGCCCCUAGCACGACACUUCCAGGUGGUGUAGACUUGGGACCUUCCACUAACUCUUACGAAAUUGAAACCAAAAUUGAAUACGAACCGCUGCCACCGACACCCGAGGCUGUUUCGAACGAGAACCCCUUCUGUCGUGUCGUGGAUAAUAACCCUGGCCAGUAUCUUCUCGUGAGCAUUAAAGUCCCUGAGCAGUAUAAAGGUAGCGCCAUGUUAGCGUCAUAA